UGCAGGCCUGACAGUGGGAGCUGCCUGCGGCCUCAGCACGCUGAAGGAGGAGGUGGGGAGGGCCGUGGUGGAGAUGGAGGAGGAGAGGACCGGAGGACACCGGGCGAUGCUGCAGACGCUUCAGUGUCUGGCGGGGAAACAGAUAUGCAACAUGGCGGGUGUUUCAGAUGUUGAUCUUCCCCUGGAGUAUCUCAGCGCACUCAAGCCCUUCAAGAACGAGAUGCCCCGGGGGCAACAGUCCUACCAGCUCGUCUCAGAGGCCCAGCCCUCCGCUGACCCCGUGGGCCUUCCCAGCAUGCAUCAGUCUGCUUUCCAGCAAGCCACAGGUGAAGCCAAGUACUAUGACGACCUGCCGCCCGUCAAGGGUGAGCUCUUCAUCGUCAUGGUGACAAGCAACAGAGCCCACGCCAAAAUCAUGAACGUCGACCCAUCUGAGGCCCUGGAAAUGCCCGGUGUGGUCACGUUUGUCCUGCUCGAGACGUUCCCGGGUCGAACCGGAGACUCUGGUUCAACAACCCAGAGGAGCUGUUCGCUGAGGAGGAGGUCCUGAAAUCUGCUCGUCACACACUACAUCCAUGUCCAAGAAGAAAACAACUAAGAACAACACAAUUAUCAGAGAUUUUUCAUGCCAAUAAACAAGAUCAACCUGCAAUUUAUCUUUACUACAAAAUGAUUGGAUGAAGAAAAUCAACCAUCAUCAAUUUUGAUAAUCAAUUACUUGAAUUACUCUUUCAGAUGGAUUCUGGGAAAGUGUGUUUCUAACAUUCUAUAGACCAAGUGACAAAUAAUAAAGGUCCCCUUGGGGACGGUCCCCUGGUUCUGAUGACCAGGGGACCGUCUCAGUACAAGGUCCCGGCGCUCUGCGACGUCCCGGCCGAGCUCAACGUUCAUCUGCUCGCCAACGCCUGAAAUCCACGAGCCAUCUAUCUGUCCAAGGGCAUAGGUGAGCCUCCAGUCUUCUUCGGCUCCACUAUUUUCUUUGCCAUCAAAGCGGCCAUCACAGCGGCGCGCAAGGAGAGAGGACUGGGUGACACUUUCCCUCUGAGCCCCCCCGCCACAGCUGAGAAGAUCCGCAUGGCCUGUCAGGACCAUUAGACUGUCAGACUUGUUACGUUUUAACAGGCUGUUAAACCGAUGUCAGAAAUGAUGCUAAAACUAAAAACAAGAAAACUCACUGGAACCUGAGGAAUCCAAUUCUGCACUCACUUGUAAAUGAGAGCAACAUGUGCCUGUCCAGACAUGCCGGUGUUGGCUGUUUGGACUGUGGAGCCAUGGCAACGCUGCACUGUGUCACAGUGAAAUGUGUCUAAUGCACAACUACUGGACAGAAGCAUCAGAGAAUGAAGUAAUGCAACUGACUUGAGUGAAAUCCUGCAAAAUGUCUGUGUUAAAACUGCUUCAUGAUGCAGUUCACAUACUGUAUCUACUAAAAAGGCAAGCUGAAAAAGAACUGCAGGCGUCAUCUCCGACGGACGGGACUGCGACUCCGUGGUGCGUCCGCGUGUGAUCAUCCUCGGCCCACAAGAAGAUAGAUCAGUGUUAGUUUACCAAUAAUUAUGGAUCUUUUUUAGUAUGGAUUCGGUCUCUACUGUUACAUUUUAAAUCUUUCUACUAAAGAUAGUUGGAG